CACUCACGUCAUCGGUUGCUUUCUUGGUAAUAGUUCACCUGCAUCAGCUGAGGUCUUGUUCCGUUUUAUCAAAUAUACAAUACAUUUUUAUAAUCUUAAUAUUUCUUCCAAUGGCCUCGACGGUAAUUGUUGGAGGUGGCAUAAUCGGCAUCACGACAGCUUAUUACCUCUCCGAACAUCAACCAGGUUCAAGCAUCCACCUUGUUGACUCGUCGGCAACGCUAUUCGCCUCGGCAUCUGGCUACGCGGGUGGAUUUCUUGCGAGGGACUGGUUCCACGAAGAUCUUGCAUCUUUAGGGGCCCUGAGUUUUGAUGAGCAUGAGAAAUUGGCAAAGCAGUUCAAUGGGAGGGAGAAAUGGCUUUAUGCCAAGUCCGUGACUGUGAAUUAUGAGCUACCGAGAAGGAAACCCAAGGGUUCGACGGGCCAGGAUUGGUUACGUGAGGGGGGAAGUCGUGCGGAUGUGAUAGAGGAGCGAGGGGAGGUCAAGGAUAGGAAUAGUCCGCCUUGGUUAAGGCGUGUCAAGGGCGAUGCUCUCAGCUUGGUUGAUAAUGGUGAAGGGACAGCUGUUCUAGAUCCCCUAAAACUUUGUCAUUUCCUCCUUGAAAGGUGUCGAGCAGCAGGUGUACGGAUACAUAACCCUGCCGUUGUUCUAAAUGUAGGCGCCGACUGCCAUGAUGAGUUGUCAUAUGUCCGUAUCGGUUAUACAGACUGCUCCUCAGAGACACAUAUCCCAGCUACACGAAUACUUGUCUGCGCUGGGGCAUGGACACCGAGUGUUUUAGAGUCCAUGUUUCCCGGAUCAUCUAUCAACAUACCCGUUGUGUCUCUGGCAGGACACUCACUCGUGGUACGGAAUCCCAUAGAUAUUGGCGAUACGUUUCAUUCUGUGUAUACAAGCAUGGACGACUUCUCACCUGAGAUUUAUGCUCGACCAAAUGGACAUAUCUGGCUCGGUGGCAUGAACGCAUCUCUCUGCCUACCACCGUUAGCAACGGGUGCAAAACCUAUGGAUGCCUCACUGGAGAAGUUGAAGGAUCUGGCAAUGCGGAUUAUCAGAACCGAGGGUGAUGAGCUGGAAGUUAUACGGACAGGCUUAUGCUUUAGGCCUGUUUCAGAACGAGGAACACCUUAUAUCACGCGGGUAGAGGAUGUAGAUCUACGGCAGGGCUACAGGACACGGAAAGGAAGCGAUGGUGGUGUCUAUGUAGCGACAGGGCAUGGACCAUGGGGGAUCAGUCUGUCGUUGGGUACAGCGAAGGUUAUGGCUGAGAUGAUGCAGGGAAGAGAGUUAAGCGCUGAUAUCAGUAAGUUGGGAUACUGGCCGUGAACAAGGCUUGAGUAGUUGAAGUUGGAUACAAAGCGAGGCACAGAGGCUCGGAUACAUGUAUAGCACCAUAGCAUGGAGUUAAUUGAAGGAGUAUUUUUAUUCCACCUGAAA